UCAAAACAGGGAACGAACAGUCCGCUGGCGUCUGCGGCAUCUAGUCCAUCACCAGCAUACUAUUAUCACCGGCUCGUAGCAGGCCAGCAGGUCCCAUGACACCUCCGAAAGCGUUGGGCGGCAAACCACCGCGUAAACGUCCGCCGGAGGAAGUCGUCGUCGACCAGGCACCCAGCCACGAUGGAGCCCCCUGCUUCACGGCCUACACCAGGAGCGCCGAGAGGCAUCGCCCGCCCUUAUUCGCCCUCCGCAUCUACGACAUCAUGCUCUACGACACCAUGCCCGCGGCGGGCGACACGGAGCGCAUCCGCCAGCUUGCCCUCCAGCUGCACACGGGCACCGAGUUCGAGCGGUGCGACGCCACGGCCGCGCCGGACCUCAUGCGCGACCGCGUCCAGGUGGUGGGCCUGCCCAUGGCGGCCGACGUGCCCGACGGGCGGCGCGUGGAGUGCUGCCAGGCGCACCACAUGGCGGAGGUGGCGGCGCGCAUCGCGACGCGCCGCCGAGAUUAUUACCUGCCCGCCACGUUCCACACGGACGGUUGGUGGCGCGCCCUGGUCGUCAUCGACCGCCUCGAGGAGGGCUGGGAGGGCGUGGUGCUCAACCGGCCUCGCCCGGAGCGCGGCUUCAACUGGGGACGGGGGAAAGUUCCGGAGUCGAAGAGGACCGACCCUUACGGUGGGUUCCUGUACGCGCGCUGGGAGGUGACUGAGGUUGCGCGGCCCUACUGGGAGGAGGCGGAAGCCCCCCUGCCGGAGGUAGACGUCACGCCGUAUCCCGUCCAUUGGCUGGCCCAUUGCCUUGCGGGCAUGAGAGAGCACAUGAGCACGUUCCGGGAUUUUAUUCACAUGGGCGGGCUGGAGGAGGAGCUACAGGCCGGGGUUCCGAUAUCCAUCAAAUGGGCAAGCCUGCCGGGCUAAAAUAAAGUGCUUAUGCGAGAAGUCUACUGAGGCAGUAUGGAGAGCACAGGACUUCUCUGGCAGAGGAAAGAUCGAGAUUGGGUAGGACAGGACCUUCUAUGGAAGAAUUAAUGA